AUGCAUAAACUUAUAAGGCCGGAUCGUUCUUCCUGGGAGCCAAUUACUCAUGAGAACUCUUGGAAGGGUACCAACAAGCUGAGAGAGUAUCAGAUAGAAGGUGUCAACUGGUUAGCCUUCUGCUGGUUCAAUCAUCGCAACUGCAUUUUAGCAGACGAAAUGGGUCUGGGCAAGACUGUGCAAAGCAUCGCUUUCCUUCUUGAGGUUUUCAAUGCAGGUGUUCGAGGCCCAUUUCUGAUCAUUGUGCCUCUCUCCACCGUCGGCAACUGGCAGCGCGAAUUCGAGAAUUGGUCGGACAUGAAUGCAAUCGUUUACCAUGGUAGCAGCGUUAGUCGCCAUAUGCUUCAAGAUUACGAGAUGUUUUAUCGGGGCCGUUGUGAUGUCUUCAAAUUUCACGCCGUGAUCACAACUUUCGAGAUUCUAAUGACGGACAUCGAAUUCUUCGGGCGCCUCAACUGGGCUAUUUCCAUUAUAGACGAGGCUCAUCGUCUUAAAAAUAAGAAGUGCAAACUCGGAGAGGGCCUUCGUUAUCUUGAGUUGCUUGCUUUGUUAUGA